UUUAUGCUAGUAAGAUGACUCAGGAUGGGGCUGAUUAUGCCAAAAACACCAAUCACGGUGAUUAGAGGGUUGGGGCUCUGAGCCAGGUAAUAUCAGUUCAACCUCCAGGACGGUAGGGGUGGCUGGAGGAUGAGUCUCAUGGGCAGUGAUUAUUUAAUUGUGUUUACCUAAUGAAACUCUUAUUAAAAACUAUAGACAUUUGAAGCUCAAGUGAGCUUCUUUGGUUGGCAGUACCCUGCAUAUUGUUACACACAGAUAUGCUGGAUGAGAAAUGUGCCCUGACAACAAGGGGAAAAGACCGUGGAAGCUUCUGGUUUGGAAUCCUUGCAAACCUUACUCUACUUGUGUUUCUCAAUUAGACUGGUAAUGAUCUAUGCUGGCUUCCUAGAAUGAGGCAGCUUGUGUAAACGAAAAAAAGAUCUUAAGUCCAGAAAUUAUUCCUUGUGGAGGCUACCCUGGAUAAAACACCAGUAUCAGGAUUUUAGGAAAGAUACUAAAAGUGGUGGCCAUAUCCUGAAAGCUGCUGAAAUGACUAAGUCCCAGGGCAUAUUGUCAUUCAGUGAUGUGGCUGUACAUUUCACCUGGGAAGAGUGGCAGCUACUAGACACUGCUCAGAAGAAUCUCUACCGGGAUGUGAUGUUGGAAAAUCAUAGCAAUCUAAUGUCAUUGGGUUAUCAAGCUACUAAGUCAGAAGCAAUGGUCUACUUGGAAAAAGGAGAUCGAGGAAUAGUAGAGAGGGAAUUUCCAAGUCAUUUUAGACCAGAAGUAAUGUGGCAAGUUUAUGAUUGGUAUCAGGAAGACAUUGAGAAGGAUGAACCUAUGGAGACAGAUCAUGAAAACUAUGCAUUGGGGAAAAUAUUUUCUCUUAGCAAAAACUUUGUUCCAUUUAUAGAAAAACCCUAUAAGUGUAUCACAAGAGAAGUAACUUUGAAACAAAAUUCAGAUUCAAAUUUUCAGAGUAAAAACUAUGCAGACAUGAGCUCUCAUGAGUUAAGUGGUUCUGGGAAAUCAUUUUUCCAUACUCUACAUGAAAACUCUCACAUUCAUGCUCAGUACUAUGAACCAAAUUUACAUUUGGAGGUUUUCAGCCUUGUGACAAAUCCUAAAAGACAUCGCAGAAUUCACACAGAAGGGAAACAUGAAUGUAGUGAAUGUCCAAAAUCUUUCAGGUAUAAGUCAAAGCUCAUAAUACACCAGAGAACUCAUACAGGAGAGAAACCCUAUAAAUGCAGAGAAUGUGGAAAAGCUUACAGUGAGAAAACAAAGCUCAGAUUACAUUGCAAAAUGCACACAGGAGAGAAACCUUUUGAGUGUAGUGAUUGUGGGAAAGGUUUUAUGCAGAAGUCAAACCUGAUUAUCCAUCAACGAACUCAUACAGGAGAUAAGCCCUAUGGAUGUAGAGAAUGUGGAAAGGGCUUCUGUAGUAAGUCUCAGCUUGUUGUUCACCAGCGAAUUCAUACAAGAGAAAAAUCCUAUGAGUGCAGGGAAUGUGGAAAAGCCUUCAAUAAAAACUCACACCUCAUAACACAUCAGAGAAUUCACACAGGAGAGAAACGUUAUGAAUGCUGUGAAUGUGGAAAAGCUUUUGUGUAUGCAUCACAGCUCAUUGUACAUGAGAGAAAUCAUACAGGAAGAAAACCUUAUGAAUGCAAGGAAUGUGGGAAAUCUUUUAACAAAAAGUCACACCUUGUAAGACAUCAGAGAAUCCAUACGGGAGAGAAGCCAUAUGAAUGCAGUGAAUGUGGAAAAGCUUUUAUAGACAACUCACAUCUUAUUGUUCAUCGAAGGACUCAUACAGGAGAGAGGCCUUAUGAAUGCAGGGAAUGUAGGAAAGCCUUCAAUAAAAAGUCAUCCCUCAUAACUCAUCAGAGAAUUCAUACAGGAGAGAAGCCUUAUGAAUGCAGUGAAUGUAGAAAAGCUUUUAUAGACAAGUCACAUCUCAUUGUUCAUCAGAGAACUCAUACAGGGGAGAAGCCCUAUGAAUGCAGUGAAUGUGGGAAAGCUUUUAUAGACAACUCUCAGCUUAUUGUUCAUCAAAGAACUCAUACAGGAGAGAAGCCUUUUGAAUGCAGGGAAUGUAGGAAAGCCUUUAGUUAUAAGUCAUCCUUCAUAGCACAUCAAAGAAUUCAUACAGGAGAGAGGCCUUAUGCAUGCAGUGAGUGUAGAAAAGCUUUUAUAUACAAGUCACAUCUCAUUGUCCAUCAGAGAACUCAUACAGGAGAGAAACCCUAUGAAUGCAGUGAAUGUGGAAAAGCUUUUGUACGAAAGGCAGUGCUCGUUGUACAUCAGAGAACGCAUACAAGAGAGAAACCCUUUGCUUGUCUUGAAUGCCAAAAAGCCUUUAGCAGUAUGGCAAUGCUCAGUACACAUCAGUUGAUUCAUACGGGAGAGAAACCACAUAGGUGCAAUGAAUGUGGAAAAGCUUUCCGCCAAAAAAGCCAUCUUAUUAUCCAUCAACGAUGCCAUACUGGUGAGAAACCGUAUGGAUGCAUUUCAUCUGGUCAAAUCUUCAGCUAGAAGUCACAGCUCAUUAGACAUCAGAGAUGUCACACAGAGAAACCAUAUCAAUGUACUCAGUGUGAGAAAGCCUUUUUUGUGAAAUCAUACCUCAGUGUCCAUCAGAGAAAUCCUGCAGGGGAAAAAAUCAAUGUAAUGAAUGUGGGAAUACUUUCUCUGCCAAGUUCUUUCUCACGUAACAUGAAGAAAUUCAUACAGAAAAGAAAUCUAAGAAACACAUUAAGUGCUGGAAAGAUGUUAGUGAUGUAUCAAAUCUCACCGAAUACAAGAGAAUUCACACGAGACACUAUGAAUGUGGUGAAAGGAUAUUUUUCUAUUAUUUUUGACCUUAGUAAGUUUCAGAAAACUUAUCCAGGAGAGAAAUCUUUUAAAUGCAGUGAAUAUAGGAAAAUUAUCUCCCACCAACUUCGCCUCAUAUUUCAUUAGAGAAAGGCAAUGUGAAUGAGUUGAAAAGUCAAAAUCAUUUCUUGAAAAAUCCAAUUAUAUAUCACACAAAUGAAAUCUUUUGAGUGUACAAAAGGUUUUUGAUAGGUCAUAAAAUUUUGAGUUUUCACAGGAAAUAUCUAAUGGAUGUUAUGAAUCCUGGAAUACUUUCCAUACAAAUGAGUUUUCAUACCAAAGAAUGCAGAUGACUGAAGACUUGUGAUAAGGGAUGCUUCUGGCAUUAAGUCUAAACUUACUGUGCAUCAGAUAAUAUUUAUUAAGGAGAAUUAGUAUAGUGUAAUGAUGGCAGAAAAUAUUGUUUACACAUAACUUUAUAAUAAAAAUUCUAAUUCUUUCACAUUAUUAUGUAUUUAUAGAAAAUGUACCACAAAGUAGUCAGUUUUGAAGGGCAGGUAACUUUAGCAUGCAAAAUAACACUUUGUUUAUGUUUGGAUAUAUUAUAUAGUCAAAGCAGUAAAUUAAGAAAGUUUGCGGAUGUAUGUAUUUGCUUUAUUUCUGAGUAUUUUUGUAGAACACAUAUAUACUCAUUUCCAGGUUUCUCAAGAUAAAGUUGUGUACCGCAAAAUUAUUGUUCCAGUUUGUAUAGUAUCCACCAAAAAUUGUCAGCAUGGUAAAUUUUUGUAUAUCAUACAAAUUGCAAGGGAAGUAAUUAGGCUUAAGAUUGAAGACGACUAACAUAGUACCAUACACAUAUAUACUUACUGUUUACUGGUAUAUGUAAAUAGAACUGGUAUUUCUUUUCAGCCCUUUGGAAUAAUAAAUUUUUAAAAACAAA